AGCAGCCUUGAACGGAGGAAACUCUCACCCCCGACGGAAAAUGCUGGUGGUCGCCCUCGUUGCUGCGGCACUUGUUGCCGCUUCAAAUGCAUGGCCUUCGGAAAACUUCAAACCUACUGAAGUAUACCUGCAGGAAAUCUUCAAACCUACCGAAUACCUGCAGGAAGAGAUGGACUACAAAGACAGUGAUGCAAAUGUUGGUCAAAACCCACCGUUCUCUCAAGCUAGUACACUGUUUUCAAUUCUAUUUUUGGUUUUUGGUGAUCUUAAACUGACUGUGCCAACAUUAAAGAUAGGGCAGAGCAUUGAAGUGGUAUACAUUAACCCUCAAACUGGAACUCUCUCCGUGAACCUGGUCACUGAAGCCGAUGACGUUGCCCUACAUUUCAAUCCUCGCUAUUCAACCACGGGUGGCUACCUUGUUCUCAACACCCUAAUCCGCGGAAGGUGGCAGAGAGAAAUUCAUCCUGCUGGGUAUCCAUUUCCCGCUAAUAAUGCCAGGACAAGGGUAACCGUUCGCAUCACCGUCCAAGCAAGUGGUUUUGUAAUAUCAGCUAAUGGAAUUGAUAUUACAACUUUCCACUACUGUGCUGGGCUAGGUUACGACACUGUUCGUCACAUAACCUGGACCGCUCCAGCCAAGACCGUUCUGGAGUCGAUGAAAGUCACAUACUAA